AUGAAAGACCUCACACCCAAGAACUCCACCAAUCAAAGGGUGUUCAAAGAGGUUGGGACACUUGGCAGCGCCGGUUUCAACGCCUCCUCAAACAUGGAUACUAAGCUGGUCCAAAACGAGGUCAGCGAUCUUGAACGGUACUACAUUGUGUCAGCCACGAGGUCGUAUUCCUUCGAGGAGAGCAUCCUCGGGUGGGCAUUAUGUUCUGGGACUCACAUCUGGUUGUGUGGCGAGGACGAGCUCGGAAUUUACGAGUGUGAAAGGGUUAGAGAAGCAAGGACGACUGGAAUCAAGAGCAUAGUGUGUAUAUCAACUCCCUGUGAUACGGGGGUUCUUGAAUUGGGUUCCACCAAAAGACUCCACGAAGAUUGGAGUCUAGUCCGCUUAGCCAAAUCCCUCUUCACUUCUCAUUUCUUGAGCACUGGUAUUACUCCCCAUGUCCAUGAAGAGCAUCAGUCCAAUGGUGUUCCAAAGGAAGCAUGUUCCGCGUUAGACGGAACUGGCACUUCACGCUCUGACACGUGUCCUUCAGAAACGUACGGGCUUUUGGGUUCUAAGAGGGACUUAAAAAGAGUGGGCGUGUCGCAAAAUAUCACUUCCUCUAACAAGAGCGUUACGAUUGCAAAGAUGGAGAGGGAUGAAACAGAGAUAGCCCGGUUGCCAUCGCCUUUGCGGUUGAACCAUGUGGAAGCUGAGAGGCAAAGAAGAGAGAAGCUGAAGCAGGGAUUCUACGCCCUAAGAUCUGUCGUCCCUAAAGUCACGAAAAUGGACAAAGCCUCUCUUCUCUCCGACGCAGUGAGUUACAUCAAGGAGCUGCGAUCAAGGAUCGAUGAGCUAGAGGGUGAGCUCAAGUUUCCACCCCCAAAGAUCGGCCUGAGCAAAGUGGCCGGCCGUUUUGGUGAUAAAACUGAGCCGAUAUCACCAGUUAGCAAGAUCGGAUCGAGCCCUUGGCUGAAUGUUGUCAAGGGUUUGAGCAAGAUGGAGGUAGGAGUGAAGGUGGUAGGUGACGAAGCGGUGGUUUGGGUCCGGAGCCCGAACUGGGACCACCCGGCUGCGAGGCUGAUGGGUGCGCUCAAGGAGCUGCAGCUCGAAGUCCACCACGCGAGCAUGUCGAGCGUAAAGGACAUGAUGCUUCAGGACGUGGUGAUUCGGACUCCGAUUGGGUGGGCGAGUGAGGAGAGCUUGAGAGAUGCGAUUCUUGCAAGAUUGUGCAAGGUCUGA